CACCGCUGUGUGAGUGUGUCAGCAGCAGCAACAGGCAUGUUUUCAUCCACAGUCAGCGGCUCCAGCUGACGUGUGCGUGGCUCACAGUUCCUCUCCGGUCAUCAUGGGUGACUGGGACCCGGCCGGUGGAGCCGCGACUCGCCGGAGAAGAGCGACCCUGACAGCUUCGAGAACCGCCAGUCUGCAGCCGGCGAACGGGAGGUCUCCGGCGGCGUGCGACAUCUCAGCGACCGCCGAGAGUAGCGCAAACGAUGGGCAGAGACGACGGGAGCGCUCGGUGGAGACGGUCCGGUCCAAAGCGAGGGGCGACAAGAAGAAACAGCGCAGGAACGACCUGGGCGACAGGAUGAGCUGUCACAAGACCCAGGAGUCGCUUCUGACUUCAACCAGCGGCUACAAUAACUACAGAGGAGUUCUCAACUGGUGUGUGGUGAUGCUGGUGCUGAGUAAUGCUCGCCUCUUCUUAGAAAACCUCUUAAGGUACGGUGUUCUGGUGGACCCCGUUCAGGUGGUUUCCUUGUUUCUGAAUGAUCCCUACAGCUGGCCAGCAGCAUGCCUGGUGAUUGUGUCCAACGUGUUCAUCGUGGCGUCCCUGUACACAGAAAGGCAGCUAUCGAAGGGCUCGUUCAGUGAACUUGUGGGAUUUCUGGUCCAUUGCAUCAACUUUGCAACUAUGCUAACAUUCCCCGCUGCAGUGGUCCUGUUGGUUCCCUCUGUGACCCCAGUCGGAGGUGCUUUCGUGCUCGGUACUUACACGAUUCUCUUCCUGAAGCUCUACUCCUACAAGGACGUCAACUUGUGGUGCCGGGAGCUGAGCACCAUCAAGGCCAAGAAACUGGCUCGGUCGCUGUCAUGUCCGUCGCCACACACCUUAAAUGGAGGCGAACUCAAGGUGUGCUAUCCUGGAAACCUCACCAUCAGAGAUAUGUACUACUUUGUCUUCGCUCCAACUCUUUGCUACGAGCUCAACUUCCCGCGCUCUCCCAAAAUUCGCAUGAGCUUCCUGCUGAGGAGACUGUUUGAGAUGCUGUUCUUCAUCCAGCUGUUGGUUGGUCUCACUCAACAGUGGAUGAUUCCCAUCAUUCAAAGCUCCAUGAAACCACUAGAAGACAUGGAUCUGUCCAGGAUGACCGAGAGACUCCUGCGAUUAGCUGUUCCCAAUCACUUGCUGUGGCUCAUAUUUUUCUACUGGUUCUUCCACUCGUCGAUGAACUUCACCGCCGAGCUGCUGCGCUUCGGAGACCGACAGUUUUACAAGGACUGGUGGAAUUCGGAGACGGUGACAUAUUUCUGGCAGAACUGGAACAUCCCCGUUCACAAGUGGUGUCUACGCCACUUUUACAAGCCGCUGCUGAGGAGAGGAUUCAGCAAGAUCAUCAGCCAAUCAGCUGUCUUCUUCUUGUCGGCUUUUUUUCACGAGUACUUGGUGAGCGUUCCUCUCAGGAUGUUCAGACUUUGGGCUUUUACGGGCAUGAUGGCACAGCUUCCAUUAGCCUGGUUCGUCGGCCGCUUCCUGCGCGGUAACUACGGCAACGCUGCGGUGUGGAUGUCCCUCAUCAUCGGCCAGCCGUUCGCCGUGCUGAUGUACGUCCACGAUUACUACGUCCUGCACUACAGGGAGGAAUAGCUCACACCGAGGUUCCGUCUCACUUCUCUUUUGUCUUUCUCGCACAAACAAUCACGAGUUUCCACACAGAGCAGGUACCAGAUAUCGUCCUCGACGAGUCAGGACGAGCUAAUCGCAUCGUUACGAGUUUACAUUUGAAACCUCCACCGUUGUGUCUUCCUGCUGGGAUUCCUUACAAAGAAGCAAACAGAAAUAAGAAUCUUGAAACACUACUGUAACGUAGAGGGGAAGGCGAUGAACACCCGAUCAGCCACAGCGUUAAAACUCCCGACAGAUUAUCUCAUGGCAGCUGAAAUGCGGUACGUGAAGCAGCAAGUCAGUUCUUUGAUUUGUUCGAAGAAGCAAAAAUGGGCAGCUGGGGGCAUUCAGACGGGACCAUGGAGUGAUGGAAGGAGGUGGCAUCCAAAGUAGUUGUCGGAUCACUCGCUAAUUUAAAAUGCCAAAUAAACGCCUCAUGUGGUGGCAACAGAGCACCUGCGUUCGGUCGCUAUCAUCCUUUAUGUAGCCGUAAUAUUUUCAUACAACUGAUGUUUUUGCUUUUUGUAGCAUCUCUUGCUUUUUGCUUUUUGGAGUCUGCACGUCAACAAAUUUUGUCUUGUGAUUAAAGUAGAAAAAUAAGGGUGCCCCUAUAGCUCACCUAGUUGAGCGGGCGACCCAUGAUCAGGGGCUAGAGUUCCCCGACACAGCGCUCAUGGGUUCAAAUCCCACUCAUGACCCCUUCACCUGCAGGUCUCUCCCCAUUCUCCUCCCCUCGUCUCUCUAAUGCACUAAAUAAAGACAAAAGCCCGAAAAAUAAAAUCCAAGAAUCAAAGUAAACAACGUUCUAUGAGGCAGAUUUCUCUUGUAGAAUAUUAACAGGAAGUUUUCUUCUCAUAUCAAGCAGCUAAAAAAAGUUGUAGCAGGAUGUUUUUGAGUAACUUGCCGUUUUUCCACAUUGCACUUCUGCAUAUCGAUGCCUGAGUGAUACGUAUCUUUGACAUCUAAACAAUGUCACACACCACCUACCUACCAAUCCAUCAAUCGAGAACAUAAAUGAGCAGCUAGUCUGUUUACACCUGUACCUUCUCUAAAACUGUCUUCCUCCUUUGAGGUUUCUUCAGGAAACAUUUGUGUUUUUACUUCUAUAACGUUCCCCUUUUGAUCAAACUGACCUGCUCCAUAUCAGGAAGGUGGUUUUAAUGUUGUGGCUGAUCAACGUAUUAUGCAGCAUUUUGCUCAGGUUGUUGUUUUUCAUUCCGGCGUCUUGUUAAUACCUUUUAGUUGAGUCGAUGACUUACUGUAUUUGCGAGAACAUCAGCAUGCAGGGUUGUGUUGCCUUUCCUACGCUUGUCUCUAGCUGUGUGCAUGGACGCUAUAAUCACUGAGUUUCAUCACACGUUAAUUUGACAACAUGGUACAAGUUUUAGUAGAGAUUUGGGAUCCACUUUGUUCCGUCCUUUGUUUUUUGUUCUGAGCCAAAGGGGCCUUGAUCUGUCUGGUUUCGCUGUUCGGUGGAGGUGGAGCACCACUAGAAGAAAUGAAUGUAAGCUGAUAGGACUUUAUUUUGUUACUAUGAUCACUUUGUCAGUCGUCAACAGGCCAGAGUUACUGUUUGUCUACGUUUUUUACCUGAAGUGCCAUUACAGUGCAGCUCAGUUGCUUUUACACAGUUUGUGUAUUGAACAAAAGCUAUGCAAAAUCAAUAGAUUAGUGUGUUACUGUCUUAUUGGACCACUGCCGCGUGCAAGUGUGUAAUAAUAUGAAUGCAAUGUUUGUGUCUCAAAAUAAAAGAUUAUUUUGCUUCAA